CCACAUAAUAACCGUUUAACAUCAUUCUAUAGUGAAUUUUCAGUAGAACAGGAUAAACAUGUCUACCUUUGCCUUCCUCCUUCUUUGCGUGCAGGCUUGCCUCAUCCAUAAUGCGUACAGCGCAUGCAUUGGAACUGGUUACUACGGUGGUCUUGGUUACGGCUAUGGAGACCUUGCCUACGGUGCGGGUUGGGAUGGAUACGGUCUAGGCGGCAUCGGUUGCGCCGGUCUUGGUUAUGAUGGUUUCGGAUACGGCGGCUUCGGUUACGGCGGCCUUGGUUAUGGCGGCUUUGGUUACGGAUAUGGUGUCGGUUAUGACGGUAUCGGUGCUGGUUACGGCGGUGCUGGUGUUGGUAACGUGGCCGUCGCCGGUGAGCUGCCCGUGGCUGGUACCACCGCCGUCGCCGGUCAGGUGCCCAUCAUCGGCGCCGUAGAGUUCGGCGGUACCGCGGCUGCUGCUGGUGCUGUCUCCAUCGCUGGACGUUGCGGCUGCGGCUGUGGUGGACCCUACGUCUAUUGAUUUGAUGCAAUAAAAUCAUCCAUGGUAAUCACUUUUCAACCCCUAAACGAAGCAAAUACAAUUUACUGAUUACGCA